AUGGAUAUGUUAACCCAUGGUAGUGGGUUUUCUUGGGACAAUGCAAAGAAAAUGGUUUUAUGUGAUCAAGAUGUAUUUGAAGGUUGGGUCAAGGGGCAUAAAGAUGCUAAUGGUUUGAGACUCAAACCAUUUCCACAUUUUGAUGAUCGAAGUCUUGUUUUUGGUAAAGAUCGUGCUAAUGGAAAAGGAGCAAUGUCAGCUACUGAUAUUUUGGAAGAGUUAGAUCAAGGUGAAGCAAGCAAUGACAUUGGAGUUGAUGACUUAGAAGCCGAAACCGAUGCCUCUCAUACUAAUACAGUUGCAUCCACUCCAAGUAGAAUGGAAUGUUCAUCACAAUCUCGUAGAAAAAGAGUAAAGAAUGAUGACACAACUUUAAUUAAUGUGGUGGCAAGAACAUGCAAUGCAUUAGAGAGCCUUGUUGGUAACUUCAACCAACAGACGAAAAGGGAAAAUAGAGUGGUUGGUGAAUUGGAGAAACUUCCUAAUCUUAAUAGGUUGGACAUAUUGAAAUUAAGUCAAAUUAUUAUGAAUGACCCGAUGAAAGUCAAACUUUUGUUCAAUUUAGAUGAAGAUCUCAAGGUUGAAUGGGUGAAACAACUUCUUCAAACCCCAUGA